AGUUGUUCCGCAAAGCAGUCCCAAAGCGCAACGCGGUCCCAUUCGAUCAUCCGACUAUUAAGUUAAUAGGUCCAGCGCUUCCGGAGUGUCCUGUCCUGGGAUUCCAGUCGUUCGCAAACGCCAGCAAACACCUAACACCGAACAUCGAACACCGAACACCGAACACAGGACGCCCAGUUGGCCAGUUAGCCCAGUUAUGUGUGGUCCUAGUUAUUGCACACUGCUGCUAAUCGCGGCUUCCUGCUACAUCCUUGUUUGCAGUCAUGCGAAGUCCUUGCAGGGCACGAGCAAACUGGAUUUGGGAAAUCACAUCAGCGCCGGCUCUGCCAGAGGAUCAUCAUCACCACUAGCCUCUGCAGCGUUGAGCGAGGCACGUCAAAAGCGCGCCAUGGGCGACUACAAAGAGCUGACUGACAUCAUUGACGAGCUGGAGGAGAACAGCCUGGCUCAGAAGGCCAGUGCCACCUUGCAGGUGGCCGCCGUGCCGCCACAGGGCCAGGAAUUCGAUUUGGACAGCAUGCCGCCACUGACCUAUUACCUGCUGCUCCAAAAGCUGCGACAGCUGCAGAGUAAUGGGGAGCCCGCUUAUCGCGUGCGGACGCCACGCCUUGGCCGCAGCAUUGACUCCUGGCGACUCCUGGACGCCGAGGGGGCGACGGGAAUGGCGGGCGGCGAGGAGGCCAUCGGCGGACAGUUCAUGCAGCGCAUGGUUAAGAAAUCGGUGCCGUUCAAGCCGCGCCUGGGCAAACGUGCUCAAGUGUGCGGUGGCGAUUGAGUCACGACAAGGACGCGAGGACAUGGCACGGCACGGCACGGAAUGGGACUGAGGACUGAGAACGUUGGACGGAGGACGAGCCCAGGCCCAGGACCAGGCCCAGGCCCAGGACAAGGUUGAGGCCAGGCGACUGGCCCUCGAGCUAACAUAACCAACCCAUAAUGACCAGCUGAAUUCGACGCGACGCAAAAAUAAUCCACAUAUAUGCAUAGUGAAUGACUACUAGUUAUCAGCGCUAUAACCCUGAUUUGAGAGGAACUAAUGAUGUGUUUAUACAGUACACAUAUUUAUUAUUUAUUUAAAUAAAUUGUGCA